GGAGUGCCAAUCGGCGACAAUUAUUAUCCAUUUCCUAACCAGACCCAUUCAAGCUCAUCGUAAAGAGCCACAAUUUCUGCACACCCGCCUUAUUUGACGUGCUGCGAUCCAUGCGGUUUCCCGAUUCGCAGAAGAUCGGCUUUCUGCCAUGGACGCCGCGACAUUCGGGUCUUGUGGCACGCCAGGACCUUCGUGAAUGUCUGUCGACGCGAGUGCCGGACUUUUUCGAUCUUUGCUAAACUGUAUCUCGGCUUUUCAUUCCUCCGUGAUCCGGCGCAUAUGCUGCCGCGAAACUCCUGCAAAAUUCUUCGUGUCUUCUACGGGAUUUUCGUUUGUCUGCCUCGAUCUCGAGUCGUCUCCGCACUGUUGUUGCUGCACCCUGGAAGCUGAAGCCGCCUCCUUACCGGCAUGUUCUGCCGUUUCACACGCUUGACGUCCUGACGGACUGCAGUUGAGAGACGGGAAACUGCGCGCCAAACUGAACGGGGUGUGUGUGCGUUGUACGUACACCAGAGUCCGCGGCGGUCUGGCAUGAGAGUCGCGUUCCGUUUCCGCUGUAUUACACGGCGGUGCAGAGCAGCUGAAUGCCUCCAGUGUUUCUUCUUUCCGCCUCUUUCCUUCCUUCACCGUCUCUCAAAAUGUGGUGCGACCUUUUUUCCGCUGCGAAAGCCAAAUUUGAGCAACAGAAACAGGGGUACCGGUCACACAACGCAGAAAGGGAUGCGCCGGCCUUCCCGACCCCCCCCGCUCUCGUCGCACAAAACAGCGGCGUCACCUGCCCUGCGACGUCAGAAAACUCUUGCGUAACUCCUCCCUCGCUUCGCUUGGCUCCUGCUUCCGCCUCUGCCAUUUCAACCCAUGUUACCCCGGUCAGUUCCGUUGCCCUGGCUUCUGCGUCUGAAGUGACGGCGUCUCCGGCUGUGUGUGCUGCGACGGCGUCUUCAGAAGGAAGUCCGGAUGCAGGGGCUUCUCAGCCCUUGUCAGUAGGAAGAGAAGGGGUGGGGAAACCGCGGAAGUUGAAGAACAUCGCUCCGUCGGGUGUCUCUGCGUGUGCAGAGGGUGAGAGUUCCCAGGAACCGAAACCCAAGAAGCCACGGAUGAACAGACACACUGCUCGCGAAGGAGCCUGUCCGCAGCAAGGGACGGAGGCCGAAACUUCUAAGACGCAGGCCUCAACCCAGAAGACUGCAGGGGCGAAGAAGCGCCCACGCCGUCCCAAGGGGGCGUCUGCCUCAAGUGCUAAGAAAGACGAUGCCUCGGCUCUCACUACGACUGAGGGGGGGGCGACCUCUCCAGAUGCGUUAUCAGCUUCUUCGGUGUCUGCAAAGGAGUUCCAGAGUUCACACACUUCUUCCUUCCCUCCUCGGGUGUCUGCUGUGCCGCCCAACGCUCCCGCAGCUCUGUCGCCUUCCACUGGCGCUCCCACAGACGAGGCUUCUGUCUCUGCCUCCAAAGCGCCUCAGCCUCCUCCCCUGCUGUCUUCUGUACAUCAGGCUCACGAAGCGGCUCCGACGAAGACGCCGAAGGGCCGCUUGCAAGCAGCAGCUGCUUGGACGCCGGCGAACUCGCCUCGCGCGAGCGGGACCAACAAGGAAAACACAAACAAUGCGCCUUCCUUCCAAGGCGGAUCCAACAGUCUCCUAUGUUCCCCGCGGUCCCUCUUUCGCGAUGACACGCUGAGCAAGUUCGCGGCGAUUCUGGCGACGUCUCAGCAACAGCGAGAAAAGAAAACGAAACUCCCAGAAGCUGCUUCGGUAGUGAGCGCACCUGGUAUAGUGACAGAAACACCGGGCGUUCCAGUUCUCUUGUCGUCCUCGCAAACGACACUAACAUCCCAGAAAGAAGUAGCCUCUGCCGAGACAAUAGACUCUGGAGACGCCGGACGUGGAGUCUCUUCCAGAAUCGAAAAAGCUCCUCAGUGUCUCGCCUCUCCACUUCUGUCUCCUCCUCCACAACAUCCGUUUGCUUCUUCACAGAAUCCUUCUUCUUUUCGGAAUCCGUCUUCGUCUUCCUUCCAGAACCAGUUUCCUUUCCAGGCAGUUCCUGAAAUCUCGCCGUGUCUCCAGGAGACGACGGAGUUGCCAGUGCGCGGAGGCCGAGAAGGCGAGACGAAGGUUGGUGGGUCGACGGACUUGGCAUCUCCGUCUGUUUUUCGUCGUUCUGCAGAGGACGGCGACGCAGGUGCGUUUUCGAGCGCAUGCAGUCGAGUUUCUUAUGAAGACGCGACCGAGGCCUCUCGACAGGCGACGGCGCAGUCGGAGGCGAAGAAGGAGGAGGUUUCCGAGCCGCAGGCUGCGGCAGGGGUGUCUCCCUUUGCGGUGUCUGGGGUAGUCCUUGAAAGGUCCUCUGCGGCGACUGGUUCUGCGUUUUCUCUUCCUUUUCCCUGUGAAAACGCGGCAGCCGCGAACCACGUAGAAGUCGUCGAUGACGAGGAGUCUCUCGGCUCCGACGACGACGCAGAUAGUUUGGGAGGCCAGCGAGAAGGCGAGAGCGAGGGAGAAGAAGAAGUCAAGAAAUUCAUCCCCUUCAGAUUUAUUCGCGGCCUGUGGAUUGACGUCGAGCACGAGGGUCUCGCGGGUCAGGAGGAAGAAGACGAGAACGACGACGAGGCGCAAGAAAAGCCUUCUCCUCGGGCGUCAGAGAGUCGAUCCCGGGGGCUCUGCUUUUCUUCACUGCCUUUACUUCUGGAUUUCCGGGCCUCUGUAGAGGCAGCGUAUGGAGGCGAGGAAAACUUGAGGGAUCCACGGACGCUGGAGACUGCGAUUCUCCAGGCCUCUGAACAGUCGUUUCCUUCUCUCUCUUCUCUCGCGUCGCCUUCCCCGGGGGUAGGACCCGACGGCGCGGGCCGUGGAGCCCCGGCAGGCCUGCUGACCCCUGGGGGGCCCGCCGGAGACGCGGGCCUUCCGGGGCGCGGGGGGUACGGGCUCGACGGCGGAAGUUUGCAAUACCGGCCGAGUAAACUGGAACUUUGCGUGGCAAGCAUCGAGCAAAGACUCGCUCGACAACGCUUAAUUGCCAAUCCGAAAGACAUUCUACGUGGGGGGGGCGGAGCUGGAGGAGUCUACUAUGACAAAGAUGACGCGUUCCUCGACGACAGCGAAACGUUUCGAGAGUUUGGGAUGGACCCUUCUGCAGACUUCGACGACCAGCAGACCGUCUCAGGAGCUCCUUCUGAAAGUGGAAUGGACGACGAGGACGCGUACGACGGAACAAGCGAGUUCGUUUGUGACAACGACCCCACGAUGGAAGACUCAGAGCCAGAGGAGACGGACAGCAGUGCGAAGAAGGGUCGGAAGCUACAGCAGGACGACGAAAAGUUCAAUCCGCUCGCCUGGAGGCGCUUCAAAACCUCGCUGAAACAAAACAUGACAGACGAGGCGUUCAGUGUCCUGCUGAGCAUGGAAGAAGAACUGGAAUCUCUUCGUGCGACCGACGGGGACGACCCAGUGCCUCAGGCGAUUGAGAAAAUCAUGUUGAAACACUUGAGGAAGUCCUGGAGUGAGCAGCUGGCGAAUCGACAAGGUCCCGAGCGUCUCGUCGAAUUGGUGAGAGGGAAGAAGAUCUUGUCGGCGAAAGGUUGCUUGUCGUACCUUUAGACGUGUCGAUAUAAUUAAACUUGAUUUUUCUGAGAUUCAAAAAUGAAGCUCUCCUUGAUGCGGAUUGGACAGACUCGAGCGUAAGACUCUGAACAUGGCCGCUUUUGUCUCUCGCGUCCAGAGGUCCUGCACUUAGAUUUGGAUGCCGUGGAAACGUUGCGCUCGUUUUCUUGACUUUUUUUCAAUGCCCCAAGAUUUAAUGAUGUGUGAGGCACUGAAGCAGGCUGUCGUCGUACACCUGUCUAAAAAGCUUAAAAAGCGAGUUCCUGGCUACGUCGGAAUUUAGUAAAACUCGACCUCGCUGAGAGGUAAACGCGACGGUUUCAACUACACGCACUUCGCGAUCAAGACUUCUUUUCACGGAAACUUGACGAAAUCCCUCGCUGUAGCGUUUCCUUUGCAUCUCUCAUGUUUCUGGUUUCCUCCUCUUAUUCCGUAUGUUUGUGCAUUUCUUGUGUGUUUUUCUUCGGUUUCGCUUUGUCAGAACUGGGCGCUCGUGAAUAAAAUGGGGAGUGCCUUGCAUGCCAUUUCGCGCGAGUGUGGCGUCUUUCUCGUCCACGUAAGUUGCAAAUGACAAAGGCGGGGAAAAACGAGUUUUAGAGACGCAGAGUCUCUCCGUUUCUCUUCUCCCACACUGAGGCUAGGGUUUUCCAUCGCGGGCAAAAGCAGGGAUUGUCGAGAAAAAAAGAGAGACGAUGAGGGGGGGAAAUAGGGAGAAAAAAGAGACGAGAGGUAGAGGAAGGGAGGAAAGAGGAGAUGAAGAGAGGCAGUUUGAGAGGCAGGCCACAAAAAUGUGUGCACGCAUAGAGAGACGCCUUUGCUGUUUCUCUGAUGUUGUCUGGGACGCCGCUGAGAAAGCGACGUUGCAUCUGAUAUGUUUCUCGUAGAGUCUCCGGGGGACGACAGAGCCUUGCGUUUCGUCUCUCCACUUCCCCCCCGCUUCAUCACGACGCCUUGGUUGUUUUUCGCAGAAAACGUGGGUGCGCAGAACGCUUGUGCACAACAGCACGGUGUAUGAGUACCUCCUUCUCCAGCUCUUCGACAUGAUUAAAAAGUCUCCCCUCUUCAGGAAAGACGACCCUGCCGUCAUCCAGAAAGUCCAGGAGAACGAGAUACAAUGUGAACUUGUACGAGCGACGCGCCCGAAGGUUCCGCGAACUCCAGUUCCAGACCGUUGUUUGCCGAGCAGCCGUCGAGCAGACCGGUGUAUGCACACCUGGGGUUGGUUUGCCAGCCACCGGAGGCGGGAUUUCUCUGACGGGAAAAGGCGCCUGGAGUUAGCUUUGUGCAUCCACAAAAGGCGGGAGAAACCAAUUCCAGCAGCUCCUAACGUUGGUGAUUAUAUAUAUAUAUAUAUAUACUUUCGCGUACAUGUAUAUACAAACACACUACAUAAAAUAAAUUCAUGUACGUCGGCUUGGUUGUAUAGCUGUCACCUAGGUGUAACUGGACAGUGGUGCUUCGACGUUAGUGUGUUUGGCAUUUGUCGGUUCGCGACUCUUUCGCGUGUUUCUCACGUCUUCAUAGGCUUUGUCUCUGCGUAUUAGUAGCCGCCUUUGGGGGGUAUUGUCUCGGCGUUGCUGCCGCGGAGAGUUCCAGUCGUGUCACCGUGUGGGUUGCGUUCUUUCGCCUUUGUUGUUGUGUUUGCCGGGUGUGUGUGGUCACACAAUCGGGAUCAACGAAAACUAGAAAAGACGGGACACAAAUAAAUGCGAAGGGGGGAUUCAACAGCCGAUUCCAAAAACGCAGAACGUUUCUCUGGCGAUCAGACCCGUAGACACAGUCCAUUCAACAACGUAAGCGUUUCUGUGCAGCAAUGGCUUUUUGGAGCGCACCGUCACGCAUGAGACGUGAAAGUGGGAGAAAUUUACAGAACAGAGAAGCAGAGGCAGUGAACAAGGACACACGGUAUGUUUCGUCGCACAGUGCGUGCUUGGUUUCUGAGUCCCGACGGUGCACUUGACGAAGCGGAUUUUUGUGAUUUUCGGGGGAGGUUUUUCAGUGGACUGAAGCCGGGCAGGAACUGUAGGGUGUGAAAUGGUACAGACAACAAACUCUUUUGAAGAAAUAAAUGGUAGGAUAUUCGCCAUUUCGGUUAUGUUCCGAAAAAGCGUGCGUCGCGUGUGGGAUUCGCGUUUUUGACGCCAGUCAAAAAGCUGCAAGGCUGUCGGAUUUCGGGAAAAGCCGAUUCAGAUAAACACCGAGAGUUACAUGAAGAAUAACGGAACACGGCCGAUCCGCUGAGAUGUCACGCAUCGGCGCUUUUUGUACACUGAGACUUUUUCCGGGAAACCCUUUCGGCAAAAACUAUCCCAAAGCGUAACCCAGGGGGUCCCCUCUGCACUACGCAGCAGCCUCACAUUUUCCUUUGUUAUGGACCCCGUCGUUUUACAGCUGUCAAUUGGUUACCACAGAAAAUAGACAUCUAAUCUCCAGCACGAAAGGCAGGCAGAGUCUUUUUGACCACUUCACAGAAGCGCAGGGAGCGAAUCGGUUACGAGAUGAGGGAGGCGUCAGUGGAAAUGAAGAGGGUGAAGAUGUUGCCACUCUCCAGGCAGUGCAAAAGUGUCAGUGGCGGCGAGACAAGUCCAAAAUUUGGUGAGUCCUCAUACCCCCCACACAAGCUGUUGUACGGACCACCGGCACCCUACCAUCAAGCCACCCCAGUGAUCGUCGCGACAGAGUCACCAGUUGGUACGCAUACUUCCCAAGCAGAAACUUUG